CCAACGGUGACAGCAAAAUUUUUGACUGGUUGUUCGAAGAGGGGGGGAGUUUGCACAAAUCCAAUUAAGCGAGCGUUAUUAUACCAAACAUUCUAAUCCUUCGAUGGUCUCUUCUAGUAAUUCUUACGCCUUGCUCUUCACAUCUCCCAACCAAAAUCUCUAGAUUGGGGCAGCAACGAAUAUGAUUCAACCCUAAUUUACAAGUCUCUUGAGAUUUUAUACAGUUUCAACUCCCACAAGCGAAUAGAAGAAACCCAAAACUCAAAAUGGCCAACGCUCGACGAUCUUCAUCCUUCAAUCCCGCGACGGAGCAAGACAAUGCUAUGUUUCUUGAUAUUCUACAUGAAGCUCCUCUCUUCGGUCAUCGUCAAUCUAGAAGUCUUGUUGGAAGCUGCAUUUAUCUGAUUAUACUGGCAGGUUAUGCUAUUUUAGCAGUUGGAGCACCGUGGAUACUUCAUUCUGUAGACUCUCUUAUCCCAUCUAUACUUUGUAGCUGCAAUGUUGCUCUAUUGAUGUUAACAGGUAUGUUUCAGCAAUACUUUGUCAAUCAGGUCCAGAAAAUACGCUUGCAGGGUUAUUACAGUUUCAGUCAGAAAUUGAAACAUGUAGUUCGUCUGCCAUUUGCCAUCAUGGCAUACGGGACUGCAUCUAUGCUGCUUUUCAUGGUGUGGAGACCAUAUGUUAGUGUUCUUCCCAUUUUUACUGUACAGAGGUUCAUCAUGUCUGUUGAAGCAAUAUCUGCCGCUUCUUUUGUGAUUGUAUUUGUUGGUUAUGUUCGCCAGUAUAACUCAGUGAACUCUCAGCCCGAUGUCUUAAAUUCACUGUAUUCUCCCCUUCAACCAGCUGCUUUGGAGGGAUUGAGAUACCAUGAAGCGGGUCGCCUUUCUGAUCAGCAAAUGGCUCUACUGCAAUAUCAGCGUGAGAAUCUCCAUUAUCUCAGUGAAGAGAUUCUGCGGUUGCAGGAGUCUUUAAGCAAAUAUGAAACCAAUGGUAGUAGCAGCACUCCUCAGGUUGAUCUGGCGCAUCUUGUGGCUACUCGUGAUCAGGAACUACGAACACUUUCUGCUGAGGUGGAUCAACUCCAUUCCGAGCUUACUCUUGCUCGAUCUCUGAUCUCUGAGAGAGAUAGAGAGAUACAACACGUUCGGAAUACCAAUAAUCAGUAUGUUGCAGAAAAUGAAAGGUUAAGAGCUAUUCUUGGAGAAUGGAGUAUGCGAGCUGCAAAGCUCGAACGAGCUCUGGAGGUGGAGAGGAUAUCAAAUCUUGAACUGCGGAAGAAAGUUUCGGCUCUAAGAGACCAGAGGCAGGUGGCAUAAAAGCAUAUACAUCAUCUAACUAUUUAUAACUCACAUGGCUUGUAGACAAAUAUUUUGACACUAUUUUGUAAAUGUUUGUUGCAUUUUUUCUUGAAAUGUUUGAUUAGAAUGAAACUCUUUUUUUAUGCAUAACUAGGUAUUAGCCCACGCUAGGCCUGGGUUGUUUCAUCA